AUGAAGACUCUCUCCCUUGUGGCUGUCCUGCUCGUUCAAGCCUGGACUGCGAGUAGCAGUCUGAGGGCGAAGCGGUCUUCGGGCUUUCAAUGGUUCGGUAGCAACGAAUCCGGCGCUGAAUUCGGCUCCGGGAAUAUCCCCGGCACUUUGGGCACGGAUUACAUCUGGCCUGAUGCGACGGCCAUCGAGACACUGCAUAGUGCGGGGAUGAAUAUCUUUCGCGUGCCGUUUCUCAUGGAGCGGUUGGUGCCUGAUGAGUUGACUGGUGCGGCGGAUGCGACGUAUAUGGCUGAUUUGAAGGCUACGGUGCAAACCAUUACAGAUCUGGGUGCUUACGCCGUGGUUGAUCCGCAUAACUUUGGGAGAUACUACGGCAGUAUCAUCACCUCGACCAGCGACUUCGCAGCCUUCUGGACCACCGUAGCCAGCGAGUUCACCGACAACGACCUGGUCAUCUUCGAUACCAACAACGAAUUCCACGACGAAGACCAAACCCUCGUCCUCGACCUCAACCAAGCCGCCAUCACGGCCAUCCGCGCCACCGGCGCCACCACGCAAUACAUCUUCGUUGAAGGCAACUCCUACACGGGCGCCUGGACCUGGACCACCACCAACACGAAUCUCGUCAACCUGACCGACCCAAACGACCAUCUCAUCUACGAAAUGCACCAGUACCUGGACAGCGAUGGCUCCGGGACGAGUUCGACGUGCGUCAGCUCGACGAUCGGUGCGGAGCGCAUUGCUGAUGCCACGAGCUGGUUGAGGGAGAAUGGGAAGCAGGCGGUGUUGGGAGAGUUUGCGGGCGGCGCGAAUAGUGUUUGUGAGGAGGCGAUCACGGGCAUGUUGGAUGCGAUGGUGGAUGCGAGUGAUGUUUGGUUGGGCGGUAUGUGGUGGUCUGCUGGACCUUGGUGGGGGGAUUAUAUCUUUUCGUUGGAGCCGGAUGAUGGCGUUGCGUAUGAGUAUUAUUUGGACGUGUUGGAGGGGUAUACUCCUGGUUCAUCCUCUUCUUCGGGGGGUACGACUACUACUACCGCUGCGGCAAGUGCGAGUAGCACCUCUGCUGCUGGGAGUGCUACUACGAGCAAGGUGACUACUACCACUGCUACUGCUGCUACUGCUACAUCGACGGCUGUGGCUGCGCACUAUGCGCAGUGUGGUGGGGAGGGAUGGACUGGGGCGACGACUUGUGCGGAUGGAUAUACCUGCACGGUGGAGAAUGCGUGGUAUUCUCAGUGUUUGUGA